AUGACUUGUCCGGCACGCAAAUCGCGUAAUACGGAGAACAAAUGAGAUUACGCGAGAGAGGCGGGACUAUAAAUUCGGUUCGGCGCUUGGCUCCGUAGCAGUGGCGGUUGUUUCAAUAUGGCGGAUGUGGUCGUGAGCGGAGGCUGCGCCGCAGGCAUUUCCUGGGUUCACGAUAAAUCCAGCGAUCAUCAGCCCUUGGUGCUUGUGUCUGGUUUGAGCAAAGAAGAGAACUUGAACAUGGUUAUGAGAAAUGUGUCAAGAUGUAGUGGUGAGACUGGAGAAGGGGGGUAUGGUGGCAAGGGGGGUGCAAAAGCUGCAGCUAGGCCUGAGGGUGGGGCAAAGAAGAAGCUUGCUAAGUGCCCUACCCACCAUUCCAAGGCUUCUCUGAACAUGAGCCCUUGUCCACCUGCUUCUACUACCACUACGGUUGGGUCUCUUGCCGACCACAUGGCUUUCUUUACCGUUGAGCAGCCAGUACUUGAGGGAGCCCAAGUCAAGAGCCAUGCAUCUCUGAAGGACCUCUGCCCGGAAGAUAAGCGCCGCAUUGCAAACCUCAUUCAAGAGUUGGCUAGGGUGAACGAGGAGAAGGAUGAGACAUCGCAGAGGCUUCGGGAUGAGCAAGAGUCUUUUGAGAGGAAGAUCCAGCAGUUGGAGGAGCAGAAUCGGCUUAUCGUUCAGGAACGAGAAAACCUACAGCAGCAGUAUCGUGAGUGCCAGGAACUUCUUGGGCUGUACCAGCAGUACCUCACGCAGCAGCAGGAAAAGUUGAACGAGUCCAUUGCCCAGCUCCAGCACUCUGGUUCUAAACAAAAGGUCACCAACAGUGAAGAUGGUUGUGCAAGGCCAUGGGCGCAAGAUUCAGAUGGCUCUUAUCUGGGCCUCAACCCAUAUGAAGGAGCAUGUUCAAGCUUUCCAAGCAAGCAGUCCUGGACUACCGAUCCUAGUCAUCUGUCCUCGUGUAGUAAGCAGAGCACUGGACAGUCUGAGGGACAGAUUCAGAAGAAUGGCCCUCUGGAAGAGGGGGCCAAAUUCCAAUCAGGAUCCUCUGUCAAGGGGUGCUUUGUCAACAGGGUUCCCAGUUGCUUGGGAGCCUUGGAGCCAUGCAACUCUCAUCACUCCCAUUAUGUUGAGAACUCCAAAGAUGACACAACCACAGGGUUAAAAAAUUGUUGUUCAUCAUGGGCAGAAGACGAAAAAUGCCGCAGUGUACGUGAGGAGUCUGUUAAAGGCAAGGUUGUGGCUGCAGCACCAUCACUUGCCUUGGAGGACUGGAAAGAGAAAAGGUACCGACUUAUGUUGCAGAAAAUGGAGCUUGAGGUGGAACGGGCACGGCUACAGACUCACGUGAUGCAGCAGAAGGAACAUCUUCUUCGACAGAACCGGCAGCCGCAUCAUUCUCAUCUCAAACAGAGCAGGUUCCAAGGAGUAGAAAUGGCAGAGUUGGAACACUCUGGCCUUAAACUCCAAAACCAAGAGGCCAGGGACACAAAACAAAACACUUCGAGCAGUCAGAUGAAUGUCAGAGCACUGCCUGCUGAACUGGAAGAUGUUACUGGCAGCACAGUGCAGCCAAUCACCGAAAAGCUGCAAAAUAAUGACGCUAGUGCAUCAUGUGCUUCUAACAAGUCUGUGUUUUUAAGUGAUGGGAUUCCCUCCUCCAGUCAAGAUGCUGGCACUUGUCCUCUGGGAUCCCAAACCAAGCACAGGCCUGAAGUUGUCCAAAUUCUGCCCCAUGAGCCCAGGACCUCCCCUGCCCACCUGGACUCCUCUGUAACUGAUCUGCUGGAGGUCCUAAGUCCAGCCCCUGGAUGGAACCAAAGCAGAUGCUUCAUGCUGCAGCAUCCUAUGCAGCAGUUCCACAGUGUUCAUGAUGUCCACAGAGAUCCCCUCCAAACUCAGUUCAUUCCUCAGGUGUCUUUUCAACCUCCAUCGUGCACAAUUCAAGACUCUGAAGAGAGGCAGAUUCUAGAAGAAAUCUUCUUCAUUUGUUGAGAGAUGAUCACUCCUCUUUUCUCUUGUGGAGUUGGCAGAAUGGAACCCAGAUGCUAAAGUACUGAGCUUCACAAGCACAGGUCAAAAAUGACUUAAACAUUAUGCUGAUUUGCUUAAGUUUUAGACAUAUGAUGGAGAAAAUGGUGCUUAUUUAGGAAAAGCAGUGGCUUCAAAGUUAAGGAAUCUAAACUUUAGUAUUUUCAUUUUCAUGAAAAAACUGGGUGCCGAAGACACUGAAGAUGCUAAGUUUAACAGAUUCUACUAUUUUGUAGUUGCCUUCAAGUGGUCAAAACAUAAUCACAUAAGUGUUAUUUCAUUCCUGUUUGUGUCAAUGUAUA